AUGAUCGUAUUCAUUUGGAUAUUUGCCAUCUCGGUCACCACGCCCUGGGUGUUCUUCUUUGAUCUGGUGGUUGUUUUCGAAGACAGCCCACACGUACGACUCUGUGUGGACGUCUGGCCCAACCCCUUGAGCGAGAUCGUGUACUUUGUGAUUGGUAACCUCAUCUUCUGCUACAUUUUGCCAAUGGUACUGAUAACCAUGUGCUACAUUUUAAUUUGGAUCAAAGUGUGGAGACGCUCCAUCCCAACUGACACACAAGAUGCCCAAAUGGAGAGAAUGCAACAGAAAUCGAAAGUUAAAGUUGUUAAAAUGCUAGUCGCUGUUGUUAUACUUUUCGUGCUGUCCUGGUUCCCACUAUAUUUGAUCUUUGCAAGGAUAAAACUAGGCGGACCCAUUCAAAAAUGGGAGGAAGACAUGUUGCCAGUUGUAACGCCAUUAGCGCAAUGGCUUGGUGCUUCAAAUUCGUGUAUCAACCCAAUACUAUACGCUUUCUUUAACAAGAAGUACAGGAAGGGUUUCGUCGCAAUUAUUAAGAGCAGGAAAUGCUGUGGACGUCUUCGUUAUUACGAGACGAUCGCGCUGCAGUCUUCAAGUACAUCUACCAGGAAAUCAUGGCAUUAUAACAACAAUAAUCAUGCAUCGAUCACCCGCCGGUCGCCGCCCGUUGACAAGAACGCCGUAUCUUUUAUCUUCAAUCACACGGGAGUUUAA